UGAUGCGCCUCCUUGUCCGCUUCUCCAGUCCACUCCCAAGCCCUAGCUCUCCGGCCGCAGCUCUUCCCGUCGAUGGGCACCGCCUCCGCCGUCCUCACCCUCCUCCCCUUACUCCCUCGCAGAGCACUUGUAGCCUCCUCCUCCCCUGGGCGUACCCGGGCGCUCCUUAGUAGUGGCGGCGUCUCCUCUUCUGUAAGCGGAUUGCGUCCACGUUUUCCCCCCUUAUCGCACAGGCCCAGGAGAUGCAACUUGUAUUGCAGGAGAGGCAUGCCUCUUGGCCGAAAAGUGACCGGCAAGUCACUUUGCAGUCAAGUGGAACUAGAGGAUGAUGUUGAUGAUGAAGCAUGUGAGCUUGUCAAUGGAGUUGAGCUGGUUAUCGGAGAGGGCGAGGACAGUUUCCGCGCAUACUUACUGAAGGCAGUGAAGAACAACAAUGGAACAGGUGUGCUGCUUCUAUCCGAUGCACUUGGUUUUGAAGAUUCAGCUACAAGGGACUUUGCCUAUCGAGUGGCUUGCUAUGGCUACAAUGUUCUUGUCCCUGAUUUAUUUCGAGCGAAUCCAUGGAAGCUAAACUGGGCGGUGGAUGGGUUCGAUUCCUGGUUAUCCAAACAAUCACCUGAAAGGGUUGCUAGAGAUGUCGACGCAUGCACAGCCUGGAUGAUUGAUGAAUUUCUAGCUGCCGGAAUCUCAAAAAAACUCGGCGUCAUCGGAUUCUCUUUCGGCGGUGGACAUCUUAUGGAAGCCUUAUCUCGUGAUGAGCAAGCAUACUAUGGCACCGGCAUCUGUUUCUAUGGCUCAAACAUGGACCCAUCCAAAGGGAGCAGCAUCAAAACACCGGUUUUGUUUGUUUCCGGAGAUAACGAUCCCUCCUGUCCUGUAACUACACUGAAUGAGAUUGAGAAGAAGAUUCAAGGCUCGAGGGUCGUGAUAUACCAUGGCAGAGGACAAGGGUUUGUGCAUCGACCAGAGUCGGAGGAGGAAGAUGAAGCUGCAGAGGAUGCUUUUUCUAUCAUGAGGAAUUGGUUGCAUGAUAAUUUGCUUGUAAGGGAAACUGAGUUACUUGUGUGAGGCAAGAACACACUACUUUUCACCACAAACAACCUUUCCUCCUCCGUCUGUAUUUCAUAUCUAAUCAAACUACAAGUAUAUAGAUGAAUAAUGUUGGGGAAAAAAAGAUCUAAUUGUAUUGUUACAGACUGCACCAAA